UUAACUGUUUUUCUGUGUUUUAUUUCCAAUUACUUCCAGCACAAGUCAUGAAAACAAAGAGAUAUAGAGUAAUGGGAUUGGGAAAUUAAGGAAGAAAAUAUUCUAUACAGAAAAGUAUAAUACAAACUAAGACACCUUGUAAAUAAUCUAUAACUAAUCUUAACUUCUACAUCGCCUCAUUUAAGAGCAAAAUUUGGUUUUUCAAAGCACUUGCUGCUUGUUUUGGUUUUUCAAAGAUCUAUUGUCAGCUUCUUGUUUCUUCAAUGCAAAUUACAUUUCCUGCCACAACCAUUAACAUUAUUCAGUUCCUUUAUCUGGCUCUUUUUCAUUCUGAUGAUCAGAUUGGAAUUUCUUUGACAAUAUCUUGGCUUUGCUUGUGCCAAUCCCUGUGAAUCCUUGGUGUCCUUCAAUGGUGAUUUCUUCCAUAGCCCCUCCUCUCUGUACCUGGCUUGUAGCUGCCUGCAUGUCUGCGGCUUAUGAGAAAGGAGACCACAUGAGGUCCUCUAGGUUUCAGCCUCCCAAAAGACUGAGUUACUGGGCCAGAAGAAAGACGCUCUUGUCAAAAUGCAGUAUUGGUGGUGGCACGGGUAAGUGUAUACAUAUAUACAGACAUAUUCAUAGGCAAUGAGCUCCUUCCUUUUCAAUACGUUGAUAAUUUCAUAGUAGACACGGCUUCAUAUUGCUUUGUUUCUUUUAGUCCUAAAACAUGGGGGUUUGAUACAUAAUUACUAUUUAAGUUGUAUGAAUCUCCACCUUUUUGAGGUGAAAAAAGGGAAGAAAAGUACCAAUUUCUAAAGCCAUCCCAUUUUCCCAUCUUUUAGACAUAUAAUGCUGAUGCUAUAUUUUUCAUGUUAAAGAAAUUCUUUUUUCAUAUUUCAUGCAAACCUGUGGCUGCAGAUGUGUUACCUGCAAAGGAAGCAAUGACAAAGAAGUGGCCUCCAACAGAGAAGAAGCGGGUUGUCAUAACAGGAUUGGGAGUGGUUACCCAACUUGGUCAUGAUCCAGAUAUCUUCUACAACAAUCUUCUUGAAGGUGUUAGCCGCAUAAGCAAGAUAGAGGGUUUCGAUUGUUCUCAAUUUCCCUCGAGAAUUGCUGGAGAAAUAAAGUCCUUCUCGGCAGAUGGAUUUUUGACACCAAAGAUUUCUAGGAGGGCACACAAAUUCAUGAUUUACACGCUCACUGCUGGAAAGAAAGCAUUGACAGACGGAGGGAUUACAGAAGAAGUACUCAAAGAACUAGAAAAAGGUAAAUGUGGAAUCAUAAUUGGCUCUGCACUGGGUGGCCUAAGAAUUUUUGCUGAAUCAAUAGAAGCACUCAGGGUUUCGUACAAGAAGAUGAAUCCAUUUUGUGUGCCUUUUGGAACGACAAAUAUGGGUUCUGCCAUGCUAGCAAUGGAACUGGGAUGGAUGGGACCAAACUAUUCAUUGUCUUCCGCUUGUGCCACUGGAAACUUUUGCAUAUUGAAUGCAGCCUAUCACAUUAAAAGGGGUGAUGCACACAUGACGCUUUGUGGGAGUUUUGGUGCAGCAAUUCUUCCUAUAGGCUUGGGAGACUUUUCAGCAUGCAGAAUACUCUCUAAAAGGAACAAUGAGCCAACAAAAGCUUCACGCCCCUGGGAUAUUAAUCGCGAUGGAUUUGUUAUUGGAGAAGGAGCUGUGGUGUUACUCUUAGAGGAGCUAGAACAUGCUAAGAGAAGAGGUGCAACUAUUUAUGCAGAGUUUCUAGGUGGAAGCUUCACUUGUGAUGCAUAUCAUGUAAAUGACCCUCAUCCUGAUGGGGCAAGUUUUGCUCUUUGCAUAGAAAAGGCCUUAGCACAAUCUGGGGUAGCCAGAGAAGAUGUAAAUUACAUAAAUGCACAUGCUACAUCAACCCCAACAGGUGAUCUGAAAGAAUACCGAGCUCUAAUUCACUGUUUUGGAAAGAAUCCCGAGCUAAAGGUGAACUCUGCCAAAUCCAUGAUUGGCCAUCUUCUAGGAGUCUCAGGUUCUGUAGAUGCUGUUGCAACAGUUUUGGUUGUAAUUUGAUCCUAUUUUUCAUACAUGCAACUACAUUGUUGCAUAUAAUUUCAUCGGCAAUAUAUAACAUGGUUAACUGUAUAUUACUGGGUUUUCUUUCUCAAAUAUAUAUAGGCAAUGCAAACAGGGAUGCUUCAUCCAAACAUCAAUCUUGAGAAUCCUGAUGAAGGCGUGGCAUGCAUCCCUCUAUUUUUGUUCACUGCUUUCAAAUAUUUUAAGCAUAGACACAAUAGUCAAAUUGCAUUUUUUUUUUUUAUUUUAUAUAUUUCUCCUUUAUAAAUAUAUAGAAUAAUUAUAUCCUGAUUAUAUAAAAUCAUGAUACUGCAUAAAAUAAAAUAAAAUAAAAAAUUAAAAGGAAAAUAAUCAAUUUCUCUUGAACGAUUUGUAUUAUAUCUUGAUUUUAUAUUAUGAUUGGAUACUAUAUAUAUAUAUAUGUGUGUGUGUGUGUGUAAAUUAACCGUACCCUAUCAGCCAAAAACAGGCAUUUGAUUGAUUCCAUCUGAAUAUGAGCAGGACAUGAAAGUGCUGAUGGGUCGUAAGAAGGAACGCUUGGACAUAAAGGUGGAAUUGUCUAAUUCAUUUGGCUUCGGUGGACACAAUUCAUCCAUCUUAUUUGCACCCUACAAAUGAAUGCA